GCGGCCGUAAAAAAAAUAUUAUGGCUAUGGUUACAAACAGCGAAAUCACUAUGUUGAACAAUCUCAAACCAUAUAAGAAUACUUGGAAGGUUGAAGUAAAAGUUCUUCGUUCGUGGUCGCAACAAUCAAACUAUUCUGGAGAAGACACUUUCGAAUUCUUACUUGAAGAUAGGAUGGGAACCGAGAUGUAUUGUACCUGUAAGAGGAUCUUCCUUGCUCGUGUUAAGAAUUUGCAAGUCGGUCAAUGGAAGUUCCUCGAGAAUUUUUCUGUUUACCCGGCUAUUGGGAUGUACAGACUUUCGGGCCAUAUUUUCAAGAUUUCCAUCACACAAUGUUCCAUUGUCACUAACUCCAGUCUGACUACCUGCGAGGUUCCUUCGAUUGAUCAUAACAAAGAGAGUUCAUCUGAAGAUCUACCAACAUCUGGAUCUAAACGUAAGGAAGGAGAUACUGAUCUUAAUGACAUGAAUUCUACAUCCAAGAAGUUAUGUGGAUAGAGGAGAAAAA